GCCUGGACAUUAUCCGCAUCCGCAAGCCCUUCCACACGGACAACCCCAGCAUCCAGGGCCAGUGGCACCCUCUCACCAACAAACCCUCUGCCCUCACUGUCCAGGGCCCGCGCCUGCAGCCUCAAUAA